ACAGGAGCAGAGAUAAAGUGGAGUUCCUGAAGCUGGGAGGGGGAGAAAAACCUUCUUAAGGGCUUAAAGGGUGUGCAGCCCUGUCCAGCAAAGACACUGCUGACAGGACCAUUAGUCCUACAGCUCAACCUCCAGUAACUCUCACUGAGCUAAGGACAAGAGAACAGCAACUCUCAGAAAAGCUGCUGCACAAUGCCACAGAACGUUAUUCUCCCAGGACCUGCGCCUUGGGGAUUCAGACUGUCAGGCGGGAUAGAUUUUAACCAGCCUUUAAUCAUAACCAGGAUUACUCCAGGAAGCAAGGCUUCAACAGCUAAUUUGUGUCCUGGUGAUGUUAUCCUGGCUAUUGAUGGCUACAAUACAGAAAACAUGACUCACAAUGAUGCACAGGAGAGAAUUAAAGCAGCAUCACAUCAGCUUUGCCUCAAAAUUCAAAGGGCAGAAACUAAAUUGUGGUCUCCACAAGUUUCAGAAGAUGGCAAACAACAUCCCUUCAAAAUAAACUUGGAAGCUGAACCACAGGAUAUGGGAUACUUUGAGCACAAGCAUAAUAUUCGUCCCAAACCUUUCGUAGUCUCAGGCCUAAGCAGUGGAUGCAAUACUCCUUGCGGUAUUGAUGGUGGCAGUGGACGUAGCACUCCCUCUUCUGUUAGUACUGUUAGUACUAUUUGCCCAACAGAGCUGAAAGCUGCAUCUAAGAUGGCCCCUAACAUUCCCUUGGAAAUGGAGCUUCCUGGUGUCAAGAUUGUACAUGCUCAGUUUAAUACACCUCUGCAGCUGUACUCAGAUGACAAUAUUAUGGAAACACUACAGGGCCAGGUUUCUACAGCUCUGGGGGAAACUCCAUUAAUGAGUGAACCAGUACCCACCUCAGUGCCUCAGUCUGAUGUGUACAGGAUGCUGCAUGACAAUCAAGAGGGGCACAGCCAACCUCGUCAAUCUGGCUCCUUUAAGGUGCUCCAGGACUUAGUCUCCGAAGAUUCUGAAGGACGUCCUACGGGUAUAAGAAGUGUGAAAGCACCAGUAACAAAGAUUCCUACUGGUACAGGAAGCGUACAAAAGGUGCCAUUAUGUGACAGAUGUGGAAAUGGCAUUGUUGGUACCGUGGUGAAGGCACGUGAUAAGUACCGGCACCCAGAAUGCUUUGUGUGCUCCGACUGCAAUAUCAACCUGAAACAAAAGGGCUACUUCUUUGUGGAGGGACAGCUAUACUGUGAAACACAUGCAAGAGCCCGCAUGAGGCCACCAGAGGGAUAUGAAGCAGUUACUGUUUAUCCAAAGUGUUAGUCUUAUGCUAACACAUACGUGCAUGCAAACAAAAAGAUAUGAACAGCUUAGAGCAGCAGUGCAACUUGCUGAACUUAACUGCCUGAAUCCAAGUAGCAGCUUUUAAACAUUUUCUUUUGUGGAGGGUGGGAAGGGGUCAGAAUGAGGCAGAAAUCCCUAUCAGCUAGCAGUAGCCUAGAUACCAAUACUAUUUUGAAAAAGUGUUGUUCUUUGAAGCUGCCAAUGUAAUCAAAUGGGGUAUAAACCAAUAACGUUUUAUAUGCCAAACUGUAUGGGGUUAAAAUAACUUUGGAGCAGUGGAGCUCUUGUAUGAGGAAUACAAGAUAAUUGAGAUGUUAUUUUUGUUUAGAAUUUGUUUCAACAUGAACCAAAUGUUUGCACAAAUAUUUUAGUAAAUUUUGGAGCCUGAUGCCAAUAUAAGCUGAAUUCCUGUAUCUCUAAGCUCUUAAAGGGCCAAUCCACUAAAAAAAAGGAGUUUGCAUUUAUACUGCCAAACAGCUGUUGUUCACAUCUGCUGUACACAUACCUAUCAGUAAAGGAAUCUGCAUUAAGCAUUUGGUGAAUGCUCAAGAAAAUACUCAACAACUUUUCAAACAUGUACAUGCCUCAAUGCAUGUGCACUUUUUCUCGUAGCUGAUAUAAGUAAUUAAUAUCUUUCAGGGCAUACACGCAAGUCAGGCUUUUGUAUGCAGAUACGGGUAUGUGUAGGUUAAUAACUCUGCAUGCAUCUGAAGAACUAUGUGCGCCUAACAGUGGGUGUAAAAGUCCAUGAACUCUUAAGUAUGCACCAGCUGAAGAAAUUGGGCCCAGUGGUGUAACAAGUUGGGAUUGCAUCCUGGGCAACCCCUGUAGAAGAGGGGGGGAUGCCACAGUCACAAGAGCAGGGUGCUCUGCCCGCCCUAGCUCUUGUCUCUGCUCUUUCAACAGCAGCAGGGUGUCCAUGUACCAGCUGCUGCUGCAAGAGCAAUGCUAUAGGGCUGCUCUUGCUGCUGGAGUACAGCCUCAGCAGGUGCUCCUCCUAAGUCAGCGCCCGGGGUUGGUGCCCAUCUCACCCACCCCAAGUUACACUGCUGAUUGGGCCAUAGCAUUUAUAGUUAGUAUCAGCCAUAAAAAUGUAUUUUAAUGGAAUUUAUUAUAAAAAAAAAAUGUUGCAUCAACCAUAUAAACCUAGCAGAUAAGCAGAAGGAAGUGAAGAAGGUGGCAUUUUCGAGAUUAACUGGUUUAGAGAGCUUUCACAGGCAGCAAUUUACUUUGCCAGAUGCAAGGAAUGGACCUAACACGUGUGAACACCUAAGCAUGGAAUCCACUACACUUUUCUCCCAUUCAAUCAUAUGAUAAGGUUAAAUCAUCAGAAAACUGAAACAAAACAAAAUAUUGCGUAUAUUCUAAGUGCAUACAUAAAACGUUAAAAAUGCAUCUCUCAGUCUGAAACAAAAAAACCUGUUUUUCAGCAGCUUACAAGAUGCCAUAAAGUAUUAUUUCAGAAUGUAAAUAUUUACUAAAUGUGUUUCUCAUGUAUUACAUUUAACAGUUUUCAAAUAUGAAAGUAUAAAAUAAUGUGCCCUAUUAUAUAACAUUGGUUGCUUAAUUCAUUUUCAGACACUGAAUAUAACUGUGCUUCCCAAGUAUCAGAAAAUUUAUUUGUAUUAUUUUAUUUUUCCAUUGAUCACAUCCUGUAAAAGAAAUCUAAAUUUUCCUUUGAAAAGAGAAGUGUACAUAACAGCUACACUAUUUAGAAACUUUCAAUGUAACUGAGAUUUUAAAAUCAUUAUUUAAUGUUAAUUUCUUCUAUGAAAUAGCUAAAGGUAAAAAUAAAUCUACUACAUACAAUCAAAA